UGUACUAACACGUGCAUGGAUAUUUAAAUAUUUUUGUCGUUUUAUUAAGUUACACAUCUUUUAGUUUUCUCCAUCAUGAUAAGAUAAUGGUUAAAUGAAAUCGGAGGAUAGUUUGUAAAGAUGAAACUCGUCGUGUUUUCGUUGUUGACGAAUUCAGUUUUUAACUAUUAUCAUUUGCUAUUGUUAUUAUUAAGCCCCAUAGUUAAUUACGAUCAAAAAAUUUACCAAAUAUAAUACAUACAAAACUACAUUAUCUGUUUUUCUCCCACUUCUUUUUGGUAAAGACGGUAGGGUAUGUUUUGGAACAAGUUUAGCUGUUACUUCUAACUGCAUAUAGGUUAUUUAAUUGUCCCGUCUAUCAUUCAGAUGUUGGAGGAGAAAGAUCGAUACUUAAAACCUUUGUCGGCUCUCUCUCUCAGAUCGGUGAAAUCGCUGUAAUAAUGUCCGUAGAAAAAUAUGACUUGGGUGUAAAUUGCAGCGGUUCCAGUUGUGAGAAUAUGAAGGCCUGGGAAAAGUAAUGAAUGCUAAAUUUGGUGAAUAAGGCACAAAUUGGAGCAACGAGAGGUGGGGUUAACCUUGCCAGUUCAGAGGGGCUGCAACCGCAAAAGUAACGAUAAAAGAGAUAGAAUAAUGUGUUUGUACACCAGUGAUUAUUGCUGUUGUUUGUGAAGACGCAUGGCUUAGGUGGUUAGGAUAUUCUGCUCAUGUUUGUAUGGUCGUCAGUUCGAUUCCUGGCGGUGCGCCGUGUCCUUGUGCAAGACACUUCGUUUCACGUUACUCCAGUUCACUCAGCUGGCAAAAAUGGCUUGUAAUUGAAAGGAUCAUCCCUGUUUACACUGUGUGUCAUGCUGAAUCGCCCCGAGAACUACGUUAAGGGUACGCAUGUUUGUGGAGUGCUCAGUCACUUGCACGUUAAUUUCACGAGCAAGCUGUUCCGUUGUUCGGACCAACUGGAACACUCGUCGUAACCGACGGAGUGCCAGUCUUUCAUUGAUGUUGUUUAACCCCAGGUCAUCCCUGACUAGGGUGAUCUAUGAUCAAGGGCGUUCCAACUUUGACCAUCCCAUGUGCAAUACGUAUCUGUGACUACAUUAUCUAAUGUACAUAUCUUCAAGUAAGUUGUAGAUAGCGUGUCUUUUGAAGCAAACUUGGCUUCUAUUUCUAGCUAGUUGAGCGACUAUGUUACCAAAAGGGAAGCCCUCGCUUCAAGACUGCUUUCGGAUUUAGAAAGUGGGGAAAGGAACUCUUUUAAAAUUCAAGUACACGAUGACAUUUUUAGCCUUUUCUUUGUGGGACUCGACAGAUAGGGACAUGUUUUUGACUCUUCGGCCCUCUCACUCUCUAAAAACCUUUAUGAACAUAAAUAAGCGAAUAAAAACGGUCUAAGCCUAAUGGCCAAAACAAUAAUUUAAUAGUUUCAUAGUUAUGAAUUAGUAAAAUUAAUGAUUCAUUAUCUUCCUCAGUACAAAUUGCAUCAGCAAAAGAACCAGUAGAUGUUCAUGUCCCCCUGCUUUUACGCAAUUUGCUCUUAGUAAAUAAUUCCCCACACAUGCUGUAAAAACUCGUUGACUCACACUCCCCUAUACCCCUAACACUAGAAAAGGCACAAAUAUUACACAAUAGUAUUAUGCCCUAUAGAUUUUUGGUCUCACACUUCUUUCACUAUUAUAAUAACUCUCGCAACUAGUAUGUAGCUUGUCUUCAGUCUCUCAUUGUCACUGUGGCUAGUGGAGAGUUUGCCUUACAAGUAAUUGAACUGGUGGACUGUCUUCAACUAUGCCUCAUUGAUGGUGUUGCAGGUAGGUGUAGGCUGGUGGAGAAUUUGAGUGGAGAAGCAAUUCUCAACCAUCAACAACAUUUUCCAACAUCAAGACAGCCAGGAGGCAUCCUUGGUCCAAGCAUUGGCAGCUCAUGGGCUAUAUUUUGGUGUGCCAGAAAGAUUUUUAAAACAUUUUAUUCUCCUCAGUGAUGCUCAGUGUGGUGUGAACCAACAUCCUUCCCACUGCAAACUGAGUCUCUGUUUCCAACUCAAGCCAAAGAAAGGAGUCUCGAGGAAAGCAUUUCAAGCUGGUAGCUUCCAGUCUGCUGAAGUGAAAGUUAACUUCAAGUUUCACGUGCUUCUAAGAUAUUGCCAUUUUCUUAUCGGUGUUUAUCCACAACUGAGACCUCAAAGGAUUUGUCUAAUUACUUGAAAGCAAAAAUCUCUCUCAGUGGUCCCAUUACCGUAGCAGAUUACAUGCGAACAGUGUUAACUCAUCCUACAUCGGGUUACUACAUGCAUAAGGAUGUUUUUGGAGUGGCUGGAGAUUUCAUUACAUCACCUGAAAUCAGUCAGAUAUUUGGAGAAUUGUUAGGUGUCUGGUGUGUAAAUGAGUGGAUGCAAUGUGGUAAACCUUCCAAGAUGCAGGUUGUUGAACUUGGACCUGGUCGAGGUACAUUAGCUUAUGACUUGCUGAGGGUAUUUUGUCAGUUUCCACAAAUGAAGGAUGUAGUUACUCUAAACUUGGUUGAAGUUAGCAGUAAAAUGAGUAGUUUGCAAUAUGAGAAAUUGGUUGGGCCACAUCAGCUGUCUGAUUCUGCCAAUAAAGCUACACCAAAAUUGGACAGUAACAAUUCUUUAGCAUAUAAUCAUGGCAUAAGCAAAUUCAGUAUUCCUGUGAAUUGGUAUUACAAAUUAGAAGACAUUCCUUCUGAUUUUACUUGUUACAUUGCACAUGAGUUCUUUGAUGUACUUCCUGUUCAUAAAUUCCAGAAAACAGAACGUGGAUGGCGAGAGGUUCUUGUUGAUUUAAAUUUAGAUUUAUCUUCUCCAAAUGAUUUUAAAUUCACAGUCUCAAAAUCUCCUACUCCUGCUUCGGUUUGCUUCCAAGUUGACGAAAAUGACAACAGAGACCAUAUUGAAAUGAGUUUUGAGUCUGGUGCAAUUAUUGAAACCCUGUCUCACAGAAUUGCAGAAAAUGGUGGCUUUGCAUUGAUUGCUGAUUAUGGUCACAAUGGAGAAAAAAUGGAUACUCUGAGAGGAUUUUUUAAACAUCAAGUUCAGAGUGAUGUGUUUUUAAACCCAGGAUUUGCAGAUCUAACAGCAGAUGUUGACUUCAAAUAUAUAUCCAAAGUAGCUUCUAAUUAUGUUGACAUUUUUGGUCCUACAACACAAGGUAGUUUUUUACAAAACAUGGGAAUUGGAGUUCGAUUGAAGGUCCUGCUGCAAAAUGUGAAGUCUGAGUUACAUAAAGAUCUUAUAUCAGGUUGUAAAAUGUUGAUUGAUCCAGAACAAAUGGGAGAAAGAUAUAAAUUUAUGUCCUUUCUCCAAAAGACUGAAAAAGAUUACACACCAGCUGGAUUUUAUUCUUUGGGAAACUAGAUUACAAAAACUCCUUCAUCUUGUCCCACCACACACAUCUCACUUAUAAAUUAUUUAUAUUGCAAAUAAAUGUUUUUAUGGUUACA